AUGCCACACUUUGGGUUGACUCACGAUGCUUGCCAGAAGCGGCGGCCCGUGGCGCCCGCUCCUGCUGAGCCACUCCCGGUCUUGCCGCCUGUACUACCCACCACUCCUAUCUCGUCCCGCCUCGUGCUCUUGUGUCUCGAAGCCUCGGCCACGACAAGUGACGCGUAUGCCGACCUCAUCAUCAUUACACUCAUAUUCGCAACAGAUUGA